CUCUGGAACUCUCCUGCCUGAUGCAAUCGAAGCUGCGAGCAGUUUGGACUAAAGCCAAAUUUGUCGCAUGCAUUCUGCAUAACCACCGUCGAGCAGCAUUAGACCCACAACCUGUAUGCUGCUGUGACCAGUUCGACUUGCCCAAAAUUAACGGGCAUGUCCGGGUCAGGAUGAAUGAUAUUCCAGAAGUUUCCACCUUCUUGCACAAUUCGAAGAACAUUCCAUAUCCUGGCAGGCUAGCCAGUAUUGAUGUAAUUAACAGCUCUUGCAGACACUCUUUAUCGGUGCUGAGAAAGAUCGGGGUUAAUGAAGAACUCAGGAUAUCACCCACCAAGAUCGGUAGAACCGGACCAUCCAUACCAGCUGGUACCAUUCUCACUGAGUAUGUUCUCGGCGUAAAGAAAGCCUUCGAAGGGCUCGGCUUGUCGCCCUUGGAUCGAAACCCAGAAGCAACACUGGUAGAAUGCCCUGUCCUGUACUACAAUGGUAUGGUGCGCACCUUUAAUGGGAUUCCUGAUUUUGAACACAUCAACAAAACAGAUCAUACGAUCCUGACAGAAAUGAAGAAAGAGUACAAGAAAGAGAAACUACACAAGAUUGCAAAGUGGGAUAACAAAGGAGUCAUUCAGAACGCAUUCAUCAUGAGCAAAGACAAAGACAUCGAGAAGAAGAGACCAAUCUGUCCCUCGUUUGCCAGCCCUUUGAGAUUUGCAGGACGGUUCGUUGUACAAUGUCUGAAUUGUUUUUUCCGAAACUUCAAAGGAAAGAACUUUAACCUUUCAUAUGGAAAGGAAUUGAAAGAGGACUUAAACAACAUCAACAGAAGAAUUGAACAAGAUGAAUUGCAAGUGAUUGCACAAACAUUUGACAUAAAAGAAAUGUUUUCACAAAUCCCGCACGAGGAAGUUCAAGAUGCGGUACAUUGGAUCAUUGGAGAAUUUAAGAACAAAGGGAAACACUGGAUCAGAUACAAGACGAGGGGUAAGGGCGCCACAUUUUGCAAAUCGGCUCAGGAAAAAGGAUGGAAAUCAAUCAGGCUGAACGACAUCGAUAAACUGGUGAACUUCAUUUUGAAGAACGUGGUUUUCAAAUCUGUUGGCACCGUUCUAAAGCAAAACAAAGGAGUACCUAUGGGGGGACAAGCUUCACCACCUUUGGCGAAUCUGGUUUGCAUGUUUUCCGAGAAUAAAUUUCUUAAAAGCCUCGGCAAGGAUGAGAGAUUUAUCCACGGGAAGAGGUAUUUUUACGAGCAUUCUCCCGUGUCUAGCUUUUGCUCAGAAUGCAGAGAUGAUAGGAGCGGGCUCUUUUUGGAGGCCAUUGUUGCUCUGCAUGGGCCAUCUCUUGUGUUGCCCAUGUUAUGUCCCUGCCUUGACACGUGCGUUCCGAUACCAAAUUAGAGUGAAAUACGGCCUCAGUGAGGAACCGUGUGACGACUGCUGCACUCAUCUCUGGUGCCUUCCAUGUGCACUUUGCCAGGAACAGCGCGAGAUUAAGUAUCAGAUAGCUCAUGCAAAUCAUACAGCAAAUGGGCCUAUUUAUGAACUGCCUCCUUGGGCACCUGGGUGCUUCCAGCUGCACACGAUCGAACACCUCCACACAACAGUUGCUCCAAUCAAAAAGCACCAUUCUG